UCAAGAAAAAAUAAAGAUUCUCAAUUAUGGCAUCCUUAAACUCUAUUAUGGUCUCAUUUUUCUUAGUCUUAUUAUUUUCAAGUUCUUGUUUUGCUCUUUCUGAUACAACCCCUGAAAAGUUCUACCAAUGUAUUUGCAAGAAUUCUGAUUUCUCUGAUCCUUUUUCCAAAGCUUUCUUCACCCCAAACACUGAUUCAUUCAACACAGUCUUGAAUUCCACAGCUCAAAAUCUCAGGUGUUUGAUGCCAACAGUUCCCAAACCUGUACUCAUUUUCACACCAAUGGCAGAAUCCCAUGUUCAAGCAGCAGUCAUUUGUGCAAAACAACUCAAUCUUCAGCUCAGGGUUAGAAGUGGAGGCCAUGAUUAUGAAGGUCUCUCGUACAUUUCAGUAAUGGACUCUCCUUUUGUUAUCGUCGAUCUCUCCAAACUACGAGAGAUCGACGUGAACAUAGAGGAAAAUUCAGCUUGGGCUCAAGCUGGUGCUACUGUUGGUGAAGUUUAUUAUAGAAUUUCAGAGAAAAGCAAAACUCAUGGAUUUCCAGCUGGACUUUGUACCAGUUUAGGAAUUGGUGGUCACAUAACAGGUGGGGCAUAUGGUUCCAUGAUGAGAAAAUUCGGGCUUGGGGCUGACAAUGUGAUCGAUGCUCGUAUUGUCAAUGCGAAUGGCACUAUACUCGAUAGGCUAUCGAUGGGGGAAGACUUGUUUUGGGCGAUUCGAGGUGGUGGAGGAGCAAGUUUCGGGAUCAUACUGUCCUGGAAAUUAAAAUUAGUUACUGUUCCAUCGGUUGUCACUGUUUUCACUGUCCCGAAAACAUUGGAAGACGGCGCGACGAAGAUUUUAUACAAGUGGCAACAAGUUGCUGAUAAAAUUGACGAUGAUCUAUUCAUGAGAGUAGUCAUAAAUGUGGUGGACAAAAAAGAUAAAAAGGGAGAAAGGACAGUUCAAACAGCUUAUAACUCAUUGUUUCUUGGAAAUGUUGACAGGCUUUUACAAAUAAUGAAUGAAAGUUUCCCUGAAUUGGGAUUGACACAAAAAGAUUGUACAGAAAUGAGUUGGAUUGAGUCAAUCUUGUACAUUGCUGGUUUCCCAACAAAAACCCCACCAGAAAUACUUCUCCAGGGGAAGCCAACAUUCAAGAAUUAUUUCAAAGCCAAAUCAGACUUUAUAAAAGAGCCAAUUCCUGAAACAGGACUUGAUGGUAUAUGGAAAAGGCUAUUAGAAGAAGAUUCACCACUAAUGAUAUGGAAUCCAUAUGGAGGAAUGAUGGCUAAUAUAUCAGAAUCAGAAACUCCUUUCCCACACAGAAAAGGAGUCAUUUUCAAGAUUCAGUACUUAACUCUCUGGACUGAACCUGAUCAAGAAUUGGCUACGAAACACGUUGAUUGGAUCAGAAAGCUAUACAGUUACAUGACUUCUUAUGCUUCUAUGUUCCCAAGAGAAGCUUAUGUGAAUUACAGGGAUCUUGAUUUAGGAAUGAACAAGAAUGGGAAUUCAAAUUCCAGCUUUGUACAAGCCACUGUGUGGGGGAAUAAGUAUUUCAACAACAAUUUUAAUAGGCUGGUGGAAAUCAAGACUAAGGUGGAUCCUGAAAACUUUUUCAAGUUUGAACAAAGCAUCCCAACUCUUCCUCUUACUAAGAAGAGAAAAGGAAAAAAGAUUAACCAUUAAAAAGAUAAGCUAGUGAUGCUAAGCUAAUUUUGGCAAAAUAUUAUUAGUAUGCUUAAUUUUAACCUCAGUACAAGUCUAAUUGCUGUUUAAAGUGGUGUAAUGUAUGGUUUUACCAAAAUCAUACUAUAAUAUAGUAGUAAAUCUAGUGUUUUAGUUAUGCCUCCAGCAGAGGUAGCAUGUGUCGACUUACUAUAUGAAAGAAGGGUUAUCUAUGCUUUUUA